AUGUUUGGUUCGCGCAUACACAAACAUAAGCUGACGGUACAACGGGGUGACGCACUAGCGCACGUGGCCGUCCAGAUCUACGAGACCGGUCACGAGUUUGAUUUCGCAGCUGCGAUGGUAAUCGCGCACGCCGGCAACAAAACAGACCAUGAAUUUAUUGAAGCCUGGGCCUCGGAUGAGAACGCAGUCGAUCGAUUUAUCGAUCUGGCGCCGGCAGACAUCGCGCUGCGCAGGCAGCUCCGGGCUGAUGGCACUGGUGGUUGA